AAUGAGAACAGGCAACACCGUCAGACGUAGAAAAUGUCGAGAAACUCCAGAAACUUGAAUGGGGAGGCACGGUACGAGGUUCAAGAACUAAACAAAACUAAUUAAUUUCGUUUUUGCAUUAACCAAGUGCGUUUGUUAAGUUUUAGAAAACUAAUUGGAGAGUGUUAGGUCUUCUAUUUAAACGAAUCAAAAGAACUUAUCAACAUGGUGCGAGUGUUUGUUGUCGGUGUUGGCAUGACCAAAUUCGAUAAGCCCGGUACUAAACCCGGAGAUUAUCCUGACUGGGGCAAAGAAGCCAUUCUAGGAGCUUUAAAAGACUCCGGAGUCCGAAUUGAAGAGGUUGAACUUGCUACUGCCGGCUUUGUUUAUGGAGAUUCAACAAGUGGCCAACGAGUAAUUUAUGAGGUAGGAAUGACAGGUAUUCCUAUAUUUAAUGUAAAUAAUAACUGUUCAACUGGUUCGAGUGCAUUGCUACUGGCUAAGGAACUGGUAGAAUGUGGCAAAUGUCAAUGUGCUCUGGCUGUAGGGUUUGAAAAAAUGCAAAGAGGUAGUUUGGGAUCUGUAUUUCAAGACAGAGCCAAUCCGAUGGAAAAACACGUUGAAAUUAUGUCUGAAAUUGCCGAUAUUGAUGCUUCACCUAUAACUGCUCAAAUGUUUGGUAAUGCUGGGAUAGAGCAUAUGAAGAAAUAUGGUACCAAGCCAGAACAUUUUGCUAAAGUGGCAUAUAAGAAUCAUAAACAUUCUGUUAAUAAUCCCUUGUCUCAAUUUAGGGAUGAGUAUUCCUUAGAACAAAUAUUAAAAUCUCCUAAAGUAUAUGGACCAUUGACAAAACUUCAAUGCUGUCCUACAAGUGAUGGUGCAGCAGCUGCAAUAAUUGUAUCAGAAGCUUUUGUUCGUGCUCAUAAACUUGAAUCAAAAGCUGUUGAAAUAUUAGGCAUGGAAAUGGCCACUGAUUUACCCUCAACUUUUAAAGAAAAAAGCAGUCUAAAACUUGUAGGCUAUGACAUGACAAAACUAGCUGCUGACCGUUUAUAUAAAAAAACUAACAAGUCUCCACGAGACAUACAAGUAGUAGAGCUGCACGACUGUUUUUCAGCAAAUGAACUUUUAACUUAUGAGGCUCUUGGAUUGUGUCCUCCAGGAAAAGCUGGUGAAUUUAUUGACAGGGGAGACAAUACUUAUGGAGGAAAAUAUGUUGUAAAUCCUUCAGGAGGUUUAAUUUCCAAAGGUCAUCCUUUGGGAGCCACUGGUUUAGCACAAUGUGCUGAACUUUCUUGGCAGUUAAGGGGCGAAGCUGGUCCAAGACAAGUGCCCAACGCGAAGGUAGCGCUCCAACACAACAUAGGGCUUGGUGGAGCUGUUGUAGUUGCUCUCUAUCAGUUGGGAUUCCCAGGAAACAAAAGUUUACCUCCACCAAGUUCUGGUGGUAGUUCUAAAGAAGAUUCCUUUACAGUUUCUGAAUAUUUAAAGAUUUUACAGCAAGCUAUGUUGGAAGAUGAAGAUAAGUUAAUUGAGAAACAUAGAGCAAUAUAUGGUUUAAAGGUUAUUAAAGAUAAUGGUGAAGAAGGUUUUUGGGUCAUCAAUGCCAAAGAAGGAAAGGGCAAAAUUGAAUUUAAUUCAAAAGUAAAACCAGAUGUAACGUUUAUAGUAAAAGAUGGUGACGUGCUCGACUUGCUUACUGGAAAAAUCCAGCCGCAAAGAGCCUUUUUCCAAGGAAAAGUUAAGAUUCAAGGCAACAUGGGUUUGGCAAUGAAACUGACUCAACUGCAACAGACUGCUGCAGCUAAAAUUGACGCUCUGAGGGCAAAACAUUUGAAAUCCAAACUAUGACAUGAUUAAUUUUAUAUUUUUUUUUCAAGUGCACAUCAUUUACUGUUAGAUAAAUGUAUUCAUUCCUUUUUUUGUGACAAUAUUGUUGUUCUACUUAUAGAUCUAUUGGUUGUGUAUGUUUCUGGAUGCACGUUAUAUUUAUAGGAUAUUGGGAAAAUAACGUAUAUUAUAUUCUAAAGUUUUAAUUAAUAUAUAUGUUUUUAUAA